CGUAGCCAUGGACAGCUCCAGCAUACAGGAACUCCGGCAACCCUUACUGACAAGCACAGCCUGUGAUCUCCUGACUCCCAUGUCUGACAAAUCAGAGCUGGGCGCCCCCUUGCCAGAAACAGCCUUUUCAGAGUCCCUGAGAGGCUGGCCGUUCCCUCUCCCACCUCUUCCUUCAGUGAGCGCUGGCCUCAGCGAGCCCGAGACCCCUGAUCAGGAGGACACAUCAUCCUGCGACGACAGUGACUCAGACUAUGACGGGGGCGACCGCCUCUCACCACUUCUUCCCCAUGACCACCUAGGCCUGGCUGUCUUCUCAGUGCUAUGUUGUUUUUGGCCUGUGGGCAUUGCUGCCUUCUGUCUGGCUCACAAGACCAACAAGGCUUGGGCCAAGGGGGACGUCCAAGGGGCAGGGGCUGCCUCCCGUCGUGCCUUCCUGCUGGGGGUCCUUGCCGUGGGGCUGGGCCUGUGCACAUAUGCGGCUGCCCUGGUGACCUUGGCUGCCUACCUUGCCUCCCGAGACCCGCCCUAGUUGCCCUCCGGCCCCCACUGUGAAUGCAGAGGCCACCGGUCCGUCGAACCCGUGAG